CUCGGUGUCGCAGGGGUACAGCCCCGGGAAGUUGGGGCUCGAUAUGUUGCCGUUCGGCGCGGAGAGAAUGCCGCCACACUUCACCCCUGGGGCAGAUUAACCAUGAAUAAAUAAUGAAUUGCACUGCAGUAGCUGUGGCUGUAAAUUGGCCGACAGUUUCGGAAAUCUAAGAAGCAUUAUUCCAGUGCUUCUAUGAAGUAAUGCAAUCGAGCUGUCAUUUCGACAGACGUUACUUGAGACAGAUCCAGAUCCGAAUUCCAUUUUUGCAUCGUACCCAUUGAAAGAACUGGCGGGAAGUGUUUUUUCUCAGAGGGAGCCGAAGUGUGUGAACGUGGCCCGUGUGACAUCACACGGUUUGGCUUUCAGUUUAAUAGAGCAAUGUCAGCAUGUGGUUGCCCGCGUGUUAGCAGGGCUCAGAUCUUUGUGUUAGCAAAAAGGGGGGGAUACUCAUCAUGGCUUUGUAGCACAUUACAAUGAAGUGCCAAUGCUCACUGAACAUAAACCAGCUAGGACCUCUCCCAGCUGUAAAUGAUUAGUGAACUCGAAAUAUAUGCAGCACUGGGUGUUUCGGUCAUUUUGACCCUUUUCAUGAACGGUGUGACUUGCCUUUGCCUGCCUAUGGAACACAUUAACUGAAAUGUUUGUCCUGUUCAGGAAAAUGCGAAAGCAAAAAAGGACAUAUGCUAUAGUAACCCACGUGAAUGUAUUCAUGGAUUUACCUAUACAGUUACAAAAACAUUUUACUUCUUAAGCAAAGUGCUGCUUACGCUGCACAGUGCAAAGAUUCAACAUUAUUACACAAGAUUAAAAAUGGGAAAGGUUUACUUUCAGGGAAAAGGAGCUGUGGUUUUGUAAAACAGAUGCAAAUGUAUAAUUAUUUGACAACAAGAAACUGUUUAUACAUGAUUGCCUUUUCCAGUUGUUUAGUGCUUAUGGCACAUCCAGAUUCUUAGAAAAAGCCUUAUCUAGGUGAUGAAAUAUGUCUUUUUAUGACUGAUCUGAUAUGUGCACUGCUCUGCCCUUUUCACAGUGAAUAAUGGCAUGCAAAAAUCAGACGCUUUGUGAGUCGGAGUACUUUAAGAAUGAAACGUUCUGGACUGCAGAGUGAGAGGUGACUAGGAGGCAGCUGUACAGGUGGAGAUGGGAUGGAGACAUAAUCCUGGCAAGGCAACAAGGUCAAGUUGAAUAAUUACAGAAGUAGCAACCCAGGAGAACACAAGCAUGCAAGGAGUCCAGGACACAGGACGAAGGCACAAACAACACAGCAGUCAUUAUUGCACUAACAGCAGCCCAGGCGCAAGGGUGCAGAACUUAAAAUCUUUUGUUUAGGAAUGAACAAUUCAAAGGAACAGAUGCUUUUAAGAAGCGGCAAAGUUAUGCUCAGGGCACCAGCCCAGGAAACCAGGGACAGAGGCACUGGCACUCUCAAAGAGAGCCCCACCCAAGGGGACCCCCAGCUGAGCCGCAGGACAUCCAGAGCUGCACAGGUGAACCCCAGAAACAAUGGAGCCAUCAGCCUCAAAGGACUGCUGGCAGCCCAGAGAUUUACCAAGGGUCUGAAGGAACGCACUGUUUUAAAAAUAGCCGCAAAGAGAACCCCAGGGCUCCACUUGCAGAAGCCGGUGGCGAUUGUGGAUGACAUGGUCCCCUCCACAUCCUCCAGGCCGCAGGAGAAGUUCUCCUGCGCCAAGGUCCAGCAGCUGGUGAAGAGCUUCCUGGCGUCGAGGCUGGAGGGAGUCUCCUACGAGGCCGGGCCGUGCACCGGGCUGGCCCAGGAGCUGAGCGAGGAGGUCAGAGGGCUGGUGAGGGCAGUGUGCCCCCGGCGCUACAAGCUGGUGUGCGUGGUCACCGUGGGCAAGAAAGCCCGGGAGGACGCGGUGGUGGCCAGUCGCUGCCUCUGGGACCCCCACUCUGACAGCUUUGCUUCCUGCACUUACGAGAACCCCACCCUCUUCUGCGUGGUCACUGUGUUUGCCGUCUACUGUGAGUGAGGUGCACUGUGCUCCGGGAGACAAAUCAGAACCAGCACAGCCACUCAAGUCUCUCCCCUUCUCACUGUGCUGACCUUGCUUUUCAACUGCAGCAACUCGCUUGGUCUGACUAUAACUCACCCCAGGUGGCGUAAGUUGAGCACAGAAAAGCUUUUAUUUUGGGGAACCUGUGUUCUAUUAUUUUGAUCUAAUUUAUAGGGUACAGUGUUUUUUUACAAAAAAACAACAUCUGCACGUUUACCUCAGUCCCUAGAAUGCCGGCCAGCUUUUAUAUGGAAAUAUCUGCAAAAUCCAAUGUCUAAUAAAUGACCCAGCUGUGAUAUUUGUUCAUAAAGAGAAAUGCUGUAAUCAGGGCUCUGUUAUUCAAGCUGGCUCUCAUGUCCUCAGGGCUCAGGACUGAGCACUCCAAUAAAGGACUUUAUAUGGGCUUCAACAGUUUAAUAAAAGGAGAAUAUUGUUUCUAUUAUGCAGAAAGGAAUGUGGGGUAUUAAAAUUUAAAAGAUAUUCGCAGUCCACCUUCAUCUCCCCCGAAUCAAGCAUGAGAAAGGGACUUUUGCAAGAAAAAAAAAUCACAUAACUUGGAAAUGUUUGAAAGCCCCUGCUCCUGUGCUUCAGAGAAUAACAUGGCGUUUAACAAGUAUAUAGUAAAGAUUGUAAUUAAUGUUCAGUAAA